AUGACUUCUCUUGAACCUACCCUCUGUGCAUUUAACGUUGAUUAUUCCAUGAGGCCCGUGCAAAUUGCAAUACAGGACAAAAAAGAUGUUGACCUCACCAAGAGGGAGCGUUUGGUUGGUGAUGGGGCCAAGAACCAGGAACCAGCUAGCACCUUCUAUAAAUCCCUAGAAUUGGAGACCCAUUUCUCUUUCAAACAGCCCUAUGAACAAGACCGAACCCAACUCGUAGUGGCUUCCGGGCGGAGAGGAGUCCCUGGCAAGAACAUAAGUGGCAACAGAGCCAACAGAAAUCUCUCUUACCUUGUUGCGGAGAAGGUCAUUGUAACCACGAAGCACAACAACGAUGAGCAGUACCUCUGUGUAAUCUAUUUCACCUUGACUAUUACCUUCAGAGCAAACACAAAGCUACCCUGCUGUGUAGCUUGUCCAAUCGGACCAACUGGUCACAAUUCUAGCUCAAUCCAACGAUAUGCACGCAGGUGCACUUUCGAUGGGGUUGCCAAUGGGUUUCAACCGCUAUCAGUGGCUUCCAACCAAUUAGGUUCAACAAGAAGAAUGAUGAAUAGCUUCCAUCGUGUGUUUUCGAUGCCAAAGAAUGUUUCUAGUGAGAGUCUAACAUACAAGGAUGCUGGUGUCGACAAUGAUGCUGGCUCUGAACUUGUUCGUAGGGUUGCCAAAAUGGCACCGGGAAUUGGUGGCUUCAGCGGACUUUUCCUUCUCGGUGACUCAUACCUUGUUACAGUUGUCAUGAUAGAAAUGGCUGGGCUUCAACUUGACAAUUUUACAUAUUCUUUGGUUAUAUAAGCUUGCGCUCAGUGCUUGAUCGUUGGAGAAUGUGGGACGGUGCAGUCAGUUGUUAUAGGGAAAACCUUUUUGAGAAUUUAUGUAUCCUUCAGCAUGAUCGGGCUUGCAAGGCGGUGUUCGUGUAAAUGACUGUGAGAGAUACGAUUUCUUGAAGCUCCAUGAUUGCAGGAUAUGUUGCUUACAACUCUCUGUCAGAGGCUCUUAACGUGUUUCGACACAUGAAGCCAGCAAAUGAAAAGCCACACUCAGUAUCUUUGGUCAGAUGUGAUGGAGAUUUAAUAGAAAAAGUGAAAAGGCACAAGGAAGUCAUGUCAAAUGCUUAUGAGCUGCUAAGAAAAUACACACGCCACACAUUUUGCAACCAGAUUGCCUUACUGGCUUCCCAGAAUUAGAUGAAGAAUCGUUCUCAGCAAAGCCUAGUUUUGCCCUUUGGUGUCAUGGUUAUAACCAUAUGCCUUGCUACGACUGGGCGAAUAAUAAAAGUGUCCAAUAAGUUCUUGGUGUUCAAGGGAGGGCAAACCAUUUUUGGCAGUACUGUAAUACUACCUUAGCGUACACUACAACAGUCACCAAUGUUGUUGGUUAUCACCUCACAAAUGCUGACCUAUGACUUCUCGUAUACAGUGGUGAUCAUGACGUUUUAGUUCCAAACAUUGGCGCACACGAGUGGAGAGUGUGGUCUGUUGAUGUUCAAACUACUAGGAACACGAAAAAGUUUAUCAAUGGUUAUUCCACUUUGACAUAUCCUACUGUAAAGGGAGCUCAUUGUCCUAUUUUUUUCCCUCAAGGUCCUUAUAAUGACAAUGCAUUGGCCCUUUGAUAGAGGAAGAGAUUCCUUUGUCGAAGCGAAAUCUGAUAUCGUGGUCAAGAUUGGACUUAGGAAGGGUUCCCGUUCCUUUGCUGAAGCUCGCUCCAGCUGGUUUCACUGAAAAGAAUGGCACUGUAGGUGAUAUAUGGGAAACUAUCUCAGGCAGUGAUCUUGUGUUGAUACUGAUAUCUGACUCCAUAAAGGCUGUUAAUUAUGAAAAAUUAUUCUCCCACAUGAAGCCAAAUAGCAUACUUGGGCUUCCCCAUGGUUUUAUUUUUGGCCAUUUGCAGUCAAUGGGGUUUGAUUUCCCCAAUGACAACAGUGUGAUUGGAAAUCUACUUGUCCUUCAAACUUCACUCUAUGGUGUAUAUGUCCUGCAUGGUGAUCUUGACUUCUCAUAUGACCCGUGGCCUAGUAUCUCUGACAGUGCAAAGGAUUUAGUAAAGAGAAUGCUUGUUCGAGAUCCUAGAAGGCGCCUAACUGCACAAGAAGUUUUGUUGGCUGGAAUCAAGGAUCCUGUACGCCCUGGGGUCAAGGAUGCAACCCGAACUUGUUUAGCUGCUGGAAUAACUGUCCGUAUGGUUGCUGGUGAGUGGUGACAAUAUAAACACAGCUAAGGCCAUUAUUAAAGAGUUUGGUAUACGGACGGGUGAUGCAGUGGCAAUAAAAGGACCAUAAUGUCUCGUGAACAGAUAAAGGACACUGUACCAAGGAUUCAGGUACCUUGGCGUCCAAUUCGAGAAAUUUGUUUGGUGAGGUUGUUGCUAUUACUGGUGAUGGAAUCAAGGAUGCUCCAGCUUGGCAUGAAGCAGACAUUGGACUUGCUAUGGGCAUAGCAGGAACAAAGGUCGCAAAAGAAAAUGUUGAUGUCAUUAUAUUGGAUGGCUAUGGGCGGGUUACGGGUUCCUGCAUGUAACAAAUCCG